GCAACUUUUUGAUUUUUAUUCCUUCUGUUAUGUUAUUCUCUGUAUGCUGUCUUCUUUUUUGGGUAAUUCUUGGACAUCUCUUGUCUAUUUCAUCUUCUCUUUACCUCAAAUCAGCUAAAAGGUUUGUCUUCAUUUCAUUUUCUUUAAAUGUUCAUAUAAAACAAGUCUCUUUGAAAGUGCUUAAAAAAAUUGGUUUUUACACCCUUUUAAGCUCUCUGCCUCCUCUCCAUUUUUCAAGAAGAUCAAUUUUUUUCCAUCAAGUUGUUAUCCAUGAGCAGAAUCAGUCCAAUUCUCCUGUGGGCAAUUGUAAUUAGUGCUAUUGUAUUCUUUGUGUUUGGACUUCUUCAUCUUAUGAUUAGGUGUUGUUUAAAGAUGCCUUGUUUUUCCUCAAUUUCUCAAUCUAAUAGAUUCCCUGAAUCAUCUGGUUCCCAAGUUAUCCAAAGGCAACUUCAACAGCUAUUUCGACAGCAUGAUUCUGGUUUAGACCAAGCAAUCAUUGAUACUCUUCCUGUGUUUCUCUAUAAGGACAUUAAAGGCUUAAAGGAGCCAUUUGAUUGUGCUGUUUGUUUAUGUGAAUUUUCAGAACAUGACAAGCUCAGAUUGCUCCCUUUUUGUAGCCAUGCUUUUCAUAUUCAUUGUAUAGACACAUGGCUUCUGUCAAACUCAACUUGUCCUCUAUGUAGAGGAAUUAUUACUUCCGGGAUUUCCCAUGGAAAUCCCGGAUAUGGGUUUAACUCUAUUGAGUCAAGAGAACCAUGGAGUUUCCAUUUGGAAGAUGGAAUCGCAAACGAUGAAAAUCCGGACAAUGUUGGAGAAAUGAGAGUUUUUUCGGUUAGAUUAGGUAAAUUCAAGAGUCUAAAUGAAGAGAGCGAAAAUCACGAAGACAAAAGUAUUCAAGGAGAAAUUAGUAGCUGUAAUUUAGAUGCAAGAAGAUGUUUCUCAAUGGGUUCAUUUCAAUAUGUGGUUGGUGAUUCAGAGUUGCAAAUUGCUUUGCCUAAUGUAAAGAUUCUUAAAGCUAAGUGUGAGAACACUAUUUUUGAGGCUAAUGCAGAAGGAAAAAAGAUUAGUGCUAGGACUAAAGGAGAGAGCUUUUCUGUUUCAAAGAUUUGGCUUUGGUCCAAAAAAGGCAAAUUCUCAGUUUCUUCAGAAACAAAUAUUGGUGGACCUUCUCUUAAUAUUGAUAUACCAAUGACCAACAGAACACAAUUUGUGUAAACAUGUAUUGCAAAAAUUGUAACCAUAGUUCUGAGAUAGAUAUCAAUGCCCACAGGCCACAUACUCUUCUCUAUUCUUUUUUUGGGCUUUUAAACUGUAAUUGUAGCUACGAUUUGUCCGACAAUAUAAUACGUUUACGAUGCAUUAAUUUUCG